AUGGCCAACCACUCACAACUUAACUUCCAAGACGCUGCUUCACCUAUCAUAGAAGAACUAAUAGGGUUCCACGACCAUGCUCUAAUAGUUGCCCUAGCAAUCUGUAGUCUAGUCCUCUAUCUACUUACUCUCAUGCUUACAGAAAAACUAUCAUCAAGCACAAUCAAUGCACAAGAAAUUGAACUUGUAUGAACAAUCCUUCCAGCCAUAGUACUAGUCAUACUUGCUUUACCCUCACUACGAAUCCUUUACAUAAUAGACGAAAUCAACGAGCCCGAUCUAACCCUAAAAGCCAUCGGUCACCAAUGAUACUGAACCUACGAAUACACUGACUUCAAAGAUUUUACAUUCGACUCCUACAUAACUCCUACAGCAGACCUACCCCUAGGUCACUUCCGCCUACUAGAAGUAGACCAUCGUGUUAUUGUCCCUAUAAGCUCAACAGUUCGAGUUAUCGUCACCGCAGAUGAUGUACUCCACUCAUGAGCCGUCCCUAGCCUAGGCGUAAAAACCGAUGCAAUCCCAGGACGCCUUAACCAAACUUCCUUCCUUGCCUCCCGACCCGGAGUAUUCUACGGACAGUGCUCAGAAAUCUGCGGAGCUAACCACAGCUUUAUACCAAUCGUAGUAGAAUCUACUCCCCUCGCCAACUUCGAAAACUGAUCUUCUCUAAUAUCAUCCUAA